AUGAAGAUCACGGACAAGCUCCUCGCCGCCGAGCGCGAGGGCCGCCCGUUCUGGAGCUUUGAGUACUUCCCCCCGCGUACUGCGCAGGGUCUCCAGAACCUCUUUGACCGUAUCGAGCGUAUGCGCAACCUCGGACCCGAGUUUAUCGACAUUACCUGGGGUGCUGGCGGCAAGAAUGCCGACCUGACCUCGUCGCUCGUCGAGGUGUGCCAGGGAACCCUUGGCAUCGAGACCUGCAUGCACCUCACAUGUACCGAGAUGCCCAAGGAGAAGGUCGAGUGGGCGCUCAAGCAGGCCAAGGCUGCCGGAUGCCAGAACAUCCUCGCCAUGCGCGGCGACCCCGUUGCUGGCUCCGACGUCUGGAAGCCCACGCCCGGCGGCUUCAUGUACGCCAUCGACCUCGUCCGCUACAUCCACAAGCACUACCCGAACGACUUCUGCGUUGCUGUCGCUGGCUUCCCUCAGGGCCACCCCGAGACGCCCCUCACUCCUGAGGGCAAGCACCAGGAGAUGCUGUGGCUCAAGGAGAAGGUGGACGCGGGCGCCGACUUCAUCUUCACGCAGAUGUUCUACGACGUCAACCUGUUCUUCCAGUGGGUCAAGGACGUGCGUUCGUACGGUAUCACCGUGCCCAUUGUGCCCGGCAUCAUGCCCAUCCAGAACUGGCAAAAGUUCCAGACCUGGGUUAAGCGCGAGAGCAUUGUCGUGCCCCCCGAGUGGUACGAUGUCCUCCUUCCUGUACAGGGCGACGACGAGCAGGUGCGUGCUAGAGGCACCAAGCUCGUGGCCGAGAUGUGCCGCGCGCUUCUCGACAACCAGGAGGCUGGUAUUAAGGGUCUCCACGUUUACACCCUCAACCUCGAGAAGGGCGCUCGCAUGCUUCUCGAGGAGCUCGACAUGACACCUCGCCGCGAGCAGGUCAUGCCUCUCCCCUGGCGCCCAUCUCUCACUCCUUCGCGUCGUUCCGAGACAAUCCGCCCUAUCUUCUGGGCCAACCGUGUGCAGUCAUACCUUUCGCGCACCAGCGACUGGGACGAGUUCCCUAACGGUCGUUGGGGUGACUCGCGCUCUCCCGCUUACGGUGACCUCGACGGUUAUCCUGUCGCUAUCGGCACCAACGCUAAGGAAGCGCUCGAGCUCUGGGGCUCUCCCCAGACCCGCGCCGAGGUCAACAGCCUGUUUUCCAAGUUCUGCCGUGGCGAAGUCAAGAAGCUCCCCUGGUCGCAGAACGGCGCGUCGUCCGAGACGUCGGUGAUCACCGAGCAGCUCGCGAAGAUGAACGAGCGCGGCUAUCUGACGAUCAAUUCGCAGCCGGCCGUCGACGGUGCGCGCUCGGACGACAAAGUGCACGGUUGGGGUCCUACCGGCGGAUACGUGUACCAGAAGGCGUACCUCGAGUUCUUCGUCAAGCCAGAGCUUCUCAGCUCGCUCAUCCGCCGCAUCGAGAAGGACACGCGCAUCACCUACUACGCCGUCAACAAGCAGGGCGACCUGCGCACGAACACUCACUCGGAGGGCCCCAACGCCGUCACCUGGGGUGUCUUCCCCGGCAAGGAGAUUAUCCAGCCGACCAUUGUCGAGGCCGUCUCCUUCAUUGCGUGGAAGGACGAGGCGUUCGAGCUCGGCUGUCAGUGGGCCAACUUAUACCCCGAGGACUCGCCGUCGCGCGCCCUCAUCCGCAACAUUAUGGACACGAGCUACCUCGUCAACAUUGUCGCCAACGACUUCAAAGACGGCAUGGCCAUAUUUGAGCCUUUUCUCCUCGACCAGCCGAUGACGAACGGCGCCUAA